CAUACUGAUUUGUUUAGUUGCGUUUUGCUUUUAACUUUAACCAUUGAAGUUAUUGGCGUUUAUUUUGCUAUUUUCGCGUGUGCAGCAGCAGCAGCAGCAUCUUAACCUUAAUGUGUGUGUCUCUCUGCGUAGUGUUUGAAAACGCCGCUCUGCGAACAUCUGCUGCUGCAAAUGUUCAUCUAAAUAAAUAAGGCAGAAUAAAUAGGCAGUCGCCAAUUUGUUUAAUUAUGAAUUGAAACGUGCAGAUAAAGUGAAAAUAUACAAAUCAAGAAGAAGAACAACAACAACAGCUGCAGUUGGCGUAAAAGUUCAACGGCUUUUUGAAUUAAAAUUGCAAGAAUAUUAAUUUAAUCAGAGCUAUUUACAUAUUCAAUAAAUAUAAAUACUCCAUAAAUAAGGAACAACAACGAUUUGAAUAUAUUGUGAUCAUGAAUGACCGUGAACCUAGCUGCAAUUCGGGCGGACAAUUUAUGGAUCGCGGACGAAUGAAUCAGAAUGGCGUUGUCCAGCCUCUGCUUACCGACUUGUAUCAAAUAACAAUGGCAUAUGCCUACUGGAAAUCGGGCAAAACAGACGACCAGGCGGUCUUUGACCUAUUCUUUCGCAACAAUCCAUUCCACGGUGAAUUUACCAUUUUUGCCGGUCUGGAGGAGUGCCUCAAGUUUUUGGAUAGCUUUCAUUAUUCGCAGAGCGAUAUCGAGUAUUUGAGGCAAACAUUGCCCGAGGGCAUUGAGAACGAAUUUUUCGAGUAUCUGGGCAAUUUAACAGCCCAUGAUGUUACACUCUAUGCCAUCGAUGAGGGCACUGUCGCAUUUCCCCGUGUGCCCAUCAUAAAGAUCGAAGGACCUUUGAUAAUUGUACAACUGCUGGAGACAACGCUGCUCACGCUCGUCAACUAUGCCAGCUUAAUGGCGACGAAUGCAGCGCGUUAUCGCAUGGUUGCUGGCAAACAUGUGAAACUGUUGGAGUUUGGGCUGCGUCGUGCCCAGGGACCGGAUGGCGGAUUAUCCGCAUCAAAGUAUUCCUACACAGGUGGUUUUGAUGGCACCUCCAAUGUGCUUGCUGGCAAAUUGUUUAACAUACCCGUUAAGGGUACUCAUGCACACGCCUACAUCACCAGUUUCAGCAGCGUUGGCGAGCUGAAGACGCGUCUGCUGAAGCACAAGCAAACCGGUGUGAUGGAGGAUCUGCUGGAGCAUGCGAUACGUCAUCGUCAAAUGUUGUCGCAUGUCCUCGAUGUGUCCACGGAGGAGUCGAGUGAGGGUGAAUUGGCAGCCAUGGUCUCGUAUGCCAUCGCAUUUCCGGAUGGAUUUAUGGCCCUUGUCGAUACGUACGAUGUUAAGAGCCGAGAAACAGAACAAGUCACACAAGUCUCAUACGUACAAACUGAUAUCAAAUCAAGAUCUAGUCAGAAUCAGAGUCAGCUAAUAACAAAUGGCAGCAGCAGCAGUGGCAGCAUCAGUGCCAGCAACAGUACCAGCAAUGGCAGCGGCAACAACGCUCCUCCAACGCCACCUGCCACACCGCGCACAAAUGGCCAACUAGCAAACGGACACAAGAUCAAUGGGCAUUCCGAGCAUUUAAAUGCCACAAAUGGUGUCCAGCUAACGUUAACAGAAAGUGCAACAAGUGCAACUGCAACUGCAACACCUGUGACUCCAACAAUCACUUCAGCCUACCUACCAAAAUAUGUCGAGAAGUCAUUCAGGAGUGGACUGCUCAACUUUAGCGCUGUGGCCCUGGCCUUAAACGAUCUGGGCUAUUAUGCGCUUGGCAUACGCAUCGAUUCAGGGGACUUGGCCUAUUUGUCGUGUUUGGCUCGCGAGGCCUUUGAAAAGGUCGCCGAACGGUUCAAGGUGCCCUGGUUCAACAAGCUGACCAUUGUCGCCUCCAACGACAUCAACGAGGACACCAUACUCAGCCUGAACGAGCAAGGGCACAAGAUCGAUUGCUUUGGCAUUGGAACGCAUUUGGUGACUUGUCAACGCCAGCCCGCCUUGGGCUGUGUCUACAAGCUGGUGGAGAUCAACGGGCAGGCGCGCAUCAAACUCAGUCAGGAUGUAGAGAAGGUGACAAUGCCUGGCAAUAAGAAUGCAUAUCGACUAUAUAGUGCCGAUGGACAUGCCCUAAUCGAUUUGCUGCAAAAGGACUCCGAGCAUCCGCCCGCAGUGGGCCAAAAGGUGUUGUGCCGACAUCCGUUCCAGGAAUCGAAGCGGGCCUAUGUGAUUCCCUCGCAUGUCGAAUCUCUGUACAAGAUCUACUGGAAGGCGGGCAAAAUUUGUCAGAUGCUGCCAACACUGGAACAAGUGCGCGAAAAGGUGCAAAUAUCGCUGAAGACGCUGCGCAACGAUCACAAACGCACACUAAAUCCAACGCCCUACAAAGUUGCUGUCAGCGAUAAUCUGUACAACUUUAUCCACGAUCUGUGGCUGCAGAAUGCACCAAUUGGGGAGCUCUCAUGAUCUAUAUAAGCAGCCUACAUUUGGCUAAAUUCCGCAAACAGCAAUUUUACGACGCCUAAAGGUGUUUUUUUUUAAAUAUUUUCAAUUUGCUGGGCAAAAACAAAAGUUAAAAGUUUUCGUAUCGUGACAUUUUGAGAAAGGAAA